CUCGAAGACAUCUCGACCGUUCCUCUGUCUUCUACUUCCUCAUCAACUAUAGACGAUACACAAUAGACAUAGACAGUACACAAUGUCCUCCGCAGUGGAACAGCCAGCUGCUGCUGAGUCUUCAGCUCAGACUCCAGCCGAGACUCAGACUCCCACUCACACUCCCACUCCAGCAUCGUCCACAUCCGCAACCGUCGAGAAGCAAGACAUCGUCCCUCCAACCGCACCCGCCCCGAAACUCAGCCUGUCCGACAAACUCUCGACCGCCAAACUAGGCGCCUACCUCGCCUACGAAGCCGCCAUGCACGCCGCCUACCUGCGCAACGCAAAACACGGCUGGGACCUGCGCACGCAUCUCUUUGUCUCCGCCGUGCGCCAGUUCAUGAACCCCGUCGGCAAGACGGUCGAGCAGAUCCAGGAACUGAGUCAGCGGGGCCUGCCGCUGAAUAACGACAAGAUCGAGAUAAUCGACUGCUGCAUCCCCGCGCCGACCGGCUCUGAUGCUGAGUUUGUCCUCGGAACGGUGGCGCAGGCGUGCUCAAAACUCGCGGCAGAGGCAGGCGUCAAUGAGCCUACGAUCGACGCGCCCUCGCUGGCUGACGUACGUGCGGAAUGGGUGAUCCACGGCCGCGAGAACAAGGAAGAUAAGUUUACUUGCGCAAAGGACGAUAUCGUCGUGAUCUACGCCCACGGCGGCGCACACUACAUGGGCUCCGCCUCCGCGCACCGGUUCAUGACUUCUAUGUUUGCCGAGUUUGCAAACGCCCGCGUGCUCUCGGUAGACUACCGCUUGGCACCGCAGUCACCGAUGCCAGCCUCAAUCACAGACUUCUUCGUCGCAUACAUGUACGUACUCGAAACCCUCAAGGUCCCCUGCACGCAGAUCUGUUUCGCAGGCGACUCCUCCGGUGGCGCCGUCAACCUCGCGACGCUGGCGACGAUUCUCUACGGGCAGAUGGCGGAGAAGCGGGUGCCGGUGCCGGCGGGGAUUGUCGCGAUAUCGCCGUUUGUGGAUAUGACGAGGUGUUUGCCGUCCGAGUCGUCAAAGGAGAUUGAGAAGUUUGAUUAUAUCCCCGGCUCGAAUUUCUAUCCGCAGAUUAAAAAGAGCGCGGUGUGGCCGGCAGAGAAUGGGCGAUACUGGCCUUACGCUGAGAAUAACGCAAUCACCCACCCGUUUGCGUCGCCCAUCAACACGCCCAGCUGGGCAGGCGCAUGCCCGAUCUUGAUCGUAGUCUCGGAAGAGCGUCUUCGAGACGCAGCAAUCCUAUUCGCCAAAUUCUACAAAGAGGCAGGAAACCCGACCUACCUCUACUACCACGAGAAACUCCCACACGUGUUCCACUUCCUGGGCAAAGACAACCCCUCUGUUUUCAAGAGCAUGACCGAGAUCGGAUCGUUUAUCCGCGAUGUAUCUGCUUCGCACUCCGAAGCGAAAGAAGAGGCGCCGCUGGAGAGUAAGUUUGUCAUGGUUGGACUCAAAGGGGACGAGUGCGCGCUUCCUGAACGUAGAGUGUCGGGGCUCACGCGUGCGGAAGUGGCGGAGAAGAUGGAGAAGCGCGUGGGCGAGUUGGACAACCUGCUCAAGUACGUAGUGAGAGAGCUGUAUCCGAAGGAGAAGAAGUAGGUGUUGUAAUAAUUAAUAUCAGGCAGUACUGAGAUGAGUGCGUCUCAUGUUUGUUGUAUCUUUCUAAUGCACUUUAAUAUCAAUUU